UUGUUUCCUUGGCAGAUCUGUGUAAUGCACUUCACAUUCUGGUCCGACUGCGUUCACAACCUAGUUCUAAUUCUCCACAAGCUCGACUAAUCUAAAGCCUGCCAUUUGCUCAAGUUUGCUUCUCUUUAAUAGCAAUAUUCUUGCACGGAUAGUUAUGCAAUCACUGUGGUUUUACGCGAAGGUACCCUAAUUGUCCUCAAGACAAUUAAAUCAUUUAUUUUCUGUGCUGCUGAUGUGGCCUUAAAGCGCCUAUCCAACACAGACAUGAUGGAGCUCUAAAUUUAAACUAAUCCCCGAUGACAAACACAGUUGACCUACUUCGACUUCAUCUUUGUUUUCAGGGCCGCAUUUACUACUAAAUCUUUUGCAUCUUCAGUCAAGUUUCACUAUGAAGUGGGCUAGUCGCAUCGUCUAACAAAAAAAUUGGCUGUAUACCAUUUUAUUUACAAGCUCUUUCCCCCUCAUCGUUACUACAAAGGUUGUGAAACUUGUCUUUUGUCUCCGGUAUUUCUGACCAUCCACAGAAUCCGCAGGUUGUCAGAGCGCCGUCAUACAGCGCUGUAGCUACGUCAUCUCUCUAGUAAGCGAGCGGCUACGGUUUCAGGCAGUCUUCUCCCAGCACAGGCAAGGUCAGCGGCCAAGCACCUCAGUGGGCGAAGGGAUCUGGUUUUACAUUCUAAAAGUUUAAGGUCGAGCUGGGCCAGAGAUGCCGCCCCCUGCAGGAGGUCCUCCGGUCGUCACCCCGCCAGACGGGGGCUGGGGCUGGGCGGUGGUCCUGGGCUCCUUCAUCUCCAUCGGCUUCUCCUACGCCUUCCCCAAAGCCAUCACCGUCUACUUCAAAGACAUCCAGAUCAUCUUCGGCGCCUCCUACAGCCAGAUCGCCUGGAUCUCCUCCAUAAUGCUGGCAGUCAUGUAUGCUGGAGGCCCCAUCAGCAGUAUCCUGGUGAACACGUACGGGUGUCGGCCUGUCAUGAUGAUGGGAGGCUGCCUGUGCGCCGUGGGAAUGAUUUCCGCCUCCUUCUGCAACAGCGUGGUGGAGCUGUACGUAUGCAUCGGGGUCAUUGGAGGUUUGGGCCUGGCCUUUAACCUCCAACCCGCCCUGACGAUGAUCGGGAAGUACUUCUUCAAGAAGAGGCCCAUCGCCAACGGGCUGGCCAUGGCGGGAAGCCCCGUGUUCCUGAGCACCCUCGCGCCGCUCAACCAGUACCUCUUCAACACCUUCGGCUGGCGGGGCAGCUUCCUCAUCCUGGGGGGCCUGCUGCUCAACUGCUGCGUGGCGGGGUCGCUGAUGCGCCCCCUGGGCCCGGCCCCCGGCCGGAAGGCGCCGGAGGCCCCGCCCCCCCCCGUUUCGUCCCUGAAGAGGAAGGGCCGGGCGACGGCCUUCGAGACCGUCAACAAGUACCUGGACCUGUCGCUCUUCAAGCACCGCGGGUUCCUCAUCUACCUGUCGGGGAACUGCAUCAUGUUCCUGGGGUUCUUCGCCCCCAUCGUGUUCCUCGCCGCCUACGCCAAGGACAUGGGCGUGGACGAGUACUCCGCCGCCUUCCUGCUCUCCAUCCUGGCCUUCGUGGACAUGUUCGCCCGGCCCACCAUGGGCCUGCUGGCCAACUCCCGCUGGGUCCGGCCCCGGAUCCAGUACUUCUUCAGCUUCGCCGUGCUCUACAACGGCGUCUGCCACAUCAUGUGCCCGCUGGUGGAGGGGUACUCGGGGCUGGUGGUCUACGCCCUGUUCUUCGGCUUCGCCUUCGGCAUGGUCAGCUCCGUCCUCUUCGAGACCCUCAUGGACCUGGUGGGGGCGCAGAGGUUCUCCAGCGCCGUGGGGCUGGUCACCAUCAUAGAGUGCUGCCCCGUGCUUUUCGGGCCCCCGCUGGCAGGUAAACUGGUGGACAUAACGAAGAAUUACAAGUACAUGUACUUCUGCUGUGGGGCAGUUGUGAUCUUAGCCAGCAUCUGGCUUUUCAUUGGAAACGCCAUCAACUACAGGCUGCUGGAGAAGGAGAGGAAAGAGGCGGAGAAGCUGAAACAGAUGGAGUCGGAUGGGAAGGUGGAGGCCGUGGCCGAAGCGGAGCCCGACCCAGACGAGGAGGCCUCGGAGACCCUGUGCACCAGCGCCGGCCACCAGGAGGACGCCACCGCAAUGCAGCGGGAGACCAACAUUUAGCCCUGCCCCUGAGCCCCCACCAUACCCCACCCCUGAGCCC